AUGCCUCCCCCAAACCCGAUGCGCAUGGCGAGGUUGCAGUGUGGGAAAUGUGGACCGCCAGCUCUGAUGCUUCCGGGGCCUGUCGCCGGCCAGCCAAUCACGGCCGUCACCGGCGACGGGGCUGACCGCUACGCAGCGCUCAAUGCCACCGUCAGGUCGGGCCUUGCAGAGCUUUCCGCAACGAGCCUCGUCAGUGCUGUGCCGUGGUCCGCACCUCAGUUCCUGGGCAACAACAAGGUUUGGCUAAUCCUGGAUGGGCAGGGUCCAAGUCCUGCGGUGCCCUGCUGA